AUGAAAACCUUUGUGUUAUUUCUGGUGGUGCUGGCCAUCUUUGGAACACAAUCUCAUGGAUAUGAGGUUUAUAACAUCAUCAGCCCAAACAACAAUGGUGGCAACAUUCAGGAGACAGUGACAAUUGACAAUGAAAAAAACACUGCCAUCGUUAACAUCCAUGCUGGAUCGUGCUCCUCUACCACAGUUUUUGACUAUAAACAUGGUUACAUCGCAUCCAGGAUCCUCUCCAGAAGAGCCUGCUACGUCAUGAAGAUGAACCAUGAUGCCAUCCCUGCUCUGGACCAACUCAAACGGUUCCUCUACGAGAGAAAGGCUCUGAAUACCAUGUCCUCCAACGAAUACACCUGGGUCAAGUACAACCCGCUGCAGUCUUGGUUUACAGACAUGAAAUGGUUCUUUUUCGGGUCACCCAUCGAGAAGCUCUGCAAACACCUCCCCUUGUACAAGGCAGAAGUGGUUACAAAACCACAUGAUGCCGGUGCUCAUGGCUGCGUAAAGGCUGGGCUCCUGGGUAUCUUAGGGAUUUCCAUCUGUGGAGGCAUCGAUGUUUAA